UCCCGGAUGUGUCCACAGAAUGCAAAUGAAGAUGUCUAAAUAUGAGAGUAGCGCGUGAAGACCUUUUUUCGAACGCGUUUUCAUCAUGUAAUUGCAAAAGAUGCUUUCCAUUCGCCAUGCUAACGGCUUCGAGAGUUUCUGCGUGAGGUUCGCACUUGAGAAUUUUUUCCCGAUCGGUGCAUAAUCAAGCAAAAGUUGAGCAUCAAAAGCCAGGUCUUGCCGGCUUCGGCAGAUAGUGAAACAAAUCGGUCGCGUGCUUUUGUUUAGUUGCUGUGCAAGGAGUGGGUGAAUUCAUUAGAGACUAGAUUGAACUUGUUUCCAAUUACAGCUGGAAAUACCAAGAUGAAAUCUGACAGCUCAGACAAAUCGGAAAGUUGCUGUGAUGACAGCGAUGAUGAGAACAAAGACCAGGAACAUGUUCCAGUCAUAUCAUCAACUAGCACAACRGAAGAUGAGCCAUCAUAUGAACACAUUGCAGAAAACAUAUAUCUUAUUAAUAAGAAAAAACAUAUUAAUAAAGAAGUCCGUAAGAUGACAUGUGAAUGUGAAYCUGAUGAUGGUGAACCUUGUGGAGAAAACUGUCUAAACAGAUUGUUGAUGAUAGAAUGUAAUCAUAGAUGCCCAUGUGGAGAUCAAUGCACAAACAAGAGAUUCCAACAGGGCUGCAAAGUUAAAAUAGAAGUUUUCAAAACAGAGAARAAAGGAUGGGGAGUGAAAACACUUGAAGACUUGGCAGAAAACCAAUUUGUAAUAGAGUACUGUGGUGAAGUUAUGAACUAUAGAGACUUUCAGAAAAGAGCUGAGCAGUACGAUCGUCAAAARCGUAGACACUACUAUUUUAUGACACUAAGGGCAGAUGAGAUUAUUGAUGCUACAUUCAAAGGAAGUCUAUCACGUUUUGUAAACCAUAGUUGUGAUCCCAAUUGCGUAACACAAAAGUGGACGGUGAAUGGUYUGCUAAGGAUUGGAUUCUUCACACUGCGUAAAAUUCCUGCAGGUGAAGAGCUAACAUUUGAUUACCAGUUACAAAGAUAUGGGAAAGUAGCUCAGACUUGUUACUGUGAAGCUUUCAAUUGCCGUGGAAUCAUUGGAGGAGAGAAACAYACUCCACUCAAGAAUGCCAUUGAAAAGAUAGUAACUGCAUCAACCAGUUCCCCAAGGAGAAAUAGAAGGAAAAUUGGAAGAAGCUUAGAAAAUGACUUUGAUGAUAUGUCGAUUGAAGAGGAGCUAGAACGACUGAUAGGCGACCAUCAUGGUAUGACACAUGGUGAYCAGGCACUAAAACUGUCCAGAUUGAUGGUUAGAGCAGAGACAACACCACAGCGAAUCAUGUUACUAAAGGUUUUGCAGAACACAACCGACCAGAAUUGUCUCAAAGCGUUUCUACGGUUCCAGGGUUUACUGUUGCUAUGGAGCUGGAUGGUUGAUGCUGGUUCCAAACCUGCAGUGAAGCUACAACUCGAGCUUCUUGCAACAUUAAAAGAUCUCCCGGUUACAAGUAAAAACCAGCUUGAAGACAGUAAAGUGAUGCGUAUCGUGAACAAAUGGGCAUGCAAAGACAUGGCGGAACACGAAAUGCCGUCCUCRUGUAGCAGCCAAGAAGAAAAUCCCGAUGAUAAYGACACAACACUAACUCAAGACGACGUUGAAGCUUUAGAACGAUCAAAAAAGAAACUAGGUCCAUUCCGACAGCUUUCUAGUCCUGGUUCGUCGAUAAAAGGAAUUAUGGACGAUGAUAGCUUGGACAGUAAGAAAGCUGACAAGUCGCCGGAUGAUUUAUCUGAAGAUGACGGGAAAUCUACCGAGGAUGAACAGUCGUUACUUUCAGAAGAAGAUGGCGAUUCUAAUGUUGGCUCUCAAGCGUAUGAACUGUUGAAACAGUGGAAAACUUUAAAGGAAGUUUACAGAAUUCCCAAAAAAUCUUCGAAACAAGCUGAGGUCGUUGCUACAAGUACAACUGGAAUUCCAGCUGCCAAGGUUAUGGAGCGAGACUACAGUGUUAUUGUCGUAAGUCAACCAGACUCUUCUGGAAACAUCGAAGACACUCAAAAAGACUCUUUUACCCCUCCCCCAUUGAUGUCAUUGGACGUACCAAUCAAAUCCCAAGGGGACCCCACUAAUGUCGAUCCAAUACAGAAAGAAAGUGAGAGGAAGGCGAUAUCUAGUACUACGUCGCAAGAUACGKCACAGGAAAAGAGUCACGCCGUCUCUAGUGUGUCACAUGCCGAUCCACCUGAGUCACGGCAUCAAGAAUUCGGUUAUAAGCAAAGGAUGGGUAAYGGUAUGGGUGACCAGGGGGGGUYUUUCAACACGCUAUGGACAUCACCCGGAAAAUCGAAAAAGUUUGGAAAGAAAACAAAAUGGAAARCAAAUACACUCCAGGCGUUCCCACCGUCACAAGUCGGUCCGCAUGGUAUACCGGGUAAUAUGAACCCCUUGGCGUUCAGCACUGCCGGYAAUGUAAGCAGUACUCAGGUACAAAACUGGCAGGGUGCUUCCCAGCUGUGGCAAAAAGGACCUCAGGAUCCCAGYCAAGGACCRCCGUUUUUUGGUUCCGCGGAACAGCUUGCGUACCAGCAGGGACAGUUUAGCCAGCAAACAUCAGUGGGGUCUGGCAAUAUGGCGCCUUGCAAUGUGCCWCCACCAAACCUAUCAAUUCCUCCAAACUUUCCUCUUAACAUACCUCCACCGAACUUCCCUCCUCCGCAACCAUUCGCUCCAUCAUCCUAUAUUCGACCACCUAUGAACGUGACAAGGUUCCCUAACGUACAACAAGGAAUACCACCACAGCAAAGCCCUUUUGUACCUAACUAUCCWCCACCACARGUACCCUUCCAGACUUACAGCUCUCCAUCACAAUAUAACGUAUCAAAAAYUGAUGAAUCAUCGUCAAAAAGACUUUACUCUCAACAAGAGGCUCUCGUCAAGACAGCGUCUCCGUUAAAGCARAGCGGUGGUACGCGGCGAUCUUCGUUGUCGCCGGCCAAACCUAAAAAAUCUACAAAUUUACCAGCGAAUUGGAAAACAGCUACAGAUCCACAGGGGAAUAUUUAUUAUUAUCAUACUGUAACAAGACAAACCCAGUGGGAAGUUCCCAAGGAAGAAGGCCACGACAUGGACAUAGAUACGCCAUCAGACGAAGAACUGUCGUACAAAAAGAAAAAACCGCGCACACCAAAAACGCCCCCAGGGACUCCCCCCAGGAGUCCGUUAACGUUCACGACGGCUGCUGCCGACACAACCCAAAAUAAAGGAAUGCUGUCGCAAUCUUCUGACCUAGCGUUCAAUCAUCCUGAAGGACAAAAACAGAAAAUGAAAGAAGCUUUUAGAAUUAAGUUAUCGAAUGUCGUAGUGAACAGUCUUAAUCCCUAUUACAAAGUAGACUGUAAGCAAGGUCGAAUAACAAACGCAGAUGACUUCAAAUACUUAGCUAGAAAAUUAACACAUGGUAUCAUGAAUAAAGAGCUUCAACACGUCAAGUCUGAGGAUGUACUACAGUGCAAUGAUUCAGUCAAAGUCAAAACCAAAGAGUACAUACGUAACUACAUGAGGAAAUACGAUGCCGUUUAUAAACGGUCAUAGCAGUUACACUGCAUAGGAACAUUUUACAAUUUUUUCGCUGUAUUAUGCRCUUGUUUUAAGGAAGGUUGUCGGGGAGAAUGAACAAGAUUGCACGUUGAUAAWGAUUCUUCAUUCAUUUACGUUAGUCAAUAUUGAAGGCUUCACUAAAUAAUGAUUGAUUAGAUUCGAUUUGGUUGUAUUGUUUCCCAUUUUCUAUAGCGAAAAAACAAAUAUAGWUUACCCAAAGUACCAUCCGAUCAUUCAUUCUCCCGACAACCGUUUUUWAAACUGGUGUAUUUCCAUUCAUAGCCUGUGCAAGGUAAUGUAGUCUCCAAUCUGCCUCCAUCGCCGAACAUUUUAUUAUUUUCUGUGUUAUUUGCAAUCACUUUUAUACUAUUGUCAAUAUAUUGUAAAUAUGUAAAUUCUUUUCGUUUGCACUCACGCUUGUAUUUUUUGUUUUGUUUUAUGAAUAUUUUGCGGUUUUUAGCUUUUUUGUACAUAAUUUUCAUCAGAAAAUUCUCAUUUCAUUCGCCACUUGCUUUCAUGAUUCAUUUUUAGUAAUUUAUAUUUUAUUUUAAAUGUUUUAUUGUGCUCUUUGGCUGGUCAUCUUUAGUGUUGGACACUUUUUAAACUUAGUGUUGUUAUUAGUACAUAGUAUUUUUAGAUCUUUGGUGGCUGUCCAUGAGAAAAAAACACGGAAAAAGCAUAGUGAAAACCUUCAAAUCUUGCACACUGCAAAUUCAUUCUCGUACCCCUGACCCUUCUCAAUUUCACCGAAGAAAAUCGAAGGCUGGAGACCAUGCCUGAAGACACAGAAUCUGAGUCGUGCCUGACUACAAUGUUGGCCUCACUCAAGCGUUGAAAAAUGUUACAAGAAGUGCGAGGUGCACCAUGGGAUUGACGAAUGUACAAACGAAGUCACGGAUGUUUUUCUUUCGUUUUCAGGCUUUUUUGAAAGAACAAGUAUAAAUUAUUAAAUUAUAGGUCUUUUAACAUAYUUAAGUAAGUAAGCAUCUAAUUUUUUGCUCAUCCAAAGAUUUGUUGGCUUUCCAAAGUGGUAAUUUCGUAACGAAACUUCGUCUUCCGUAGUUUUUGAAAGACAUCCGCCAUUUUGAUACUUUCAUCAGUACCAUGAUGCACUUCGACGACAAACACAUGACGUCAUUAAGCUAUUAGACCGUACAGAAUAUAAUAUCUUAUCGGAACCAAUCUUCAAAGAUUCAUUUUUCUUCAAAUAGAGAAGGGCCUAGGUUCGAGGAUGACAGUAAUUUUACUACCAAAACCGCGAAUUUAAAAUUCGUGAAAUAUUGCUUAAUUUUUACGAAAUUAAAUCAAGCCUUUCCAGGUUAGACUUUUCAUGCUUUUGGUACUAGAAUCUUUUGCUAUGGUUAACCCUUUGAAAAGUAUUUUUGUCAAUAUUUAAAAUGUUCUAAAACCACAUAUUACAUCCAUACACAAUACCUAAAUGCUGCAAAACAGCGGGUAAUGGCUUCUGGUAGGAAAAGAAUGAAACUGGCCGGAAAGGUCAAAUAUGUUAUUAGACUCAUUGAAAUGUUAAAUUAUCUGUGCCCAGUACGUAAAAAGAUUAAUAUAUAAAUUGUAUUGUUUGACUGUGAAGUAAAUAAUUUUUUCAUUUUAGUUUUUAAGUCAUUUGUGUAUUGUAAGCCAAUCACUUUUAUCACAUGCCAUGGCAAGAGACAGAAUAAAGUCAUUCAACAAUGUUGUUUAUGAAACUUGAA